UUAUUAUUUAUCAGUAUUCAAUUUGGCCGUUGAAAAAAUUAAAUUACUCGUUUAUUUGUAUAAUUUGUAACGUAGGAAUUUUAUUGAAAUUGAAUUAUCAUGUCAGCGGCCACUUCUUCGAAUUGGUCAGAUGAACCAAAAGUAUUCAAAUGCAAUGCAAAAUCAUCAACCAAACAACCAUUUUCCAUUCUUUUGAUUGGGAACACUACUUGGAGUACACAGUUGUCAGAUUCAUUAAUCGAGUAUAAUGAAAACAAUCAUGUUUCUCCAAUUCAAGUACACAAGGCAAUAAGUGUCAAAUCAGCAUUGUCCACAUUGUCUAAUAUAUAUGCUGAUCUUGUAAUAAUAUUAUUGGACAUAAGAAAAAAUGAUUGUUUAGUUGAUGUAGAGAUGAAUUUGGUAGCUCUUGAACCAGCAUUAUUAUGUGGCAGAACUAUUUUAGUCAAUCCAAAAAAUGAUUUAAAGUUAAAAGAAAUGGGAAUUUCUUAUGAAAAUAUUGAUAAUCUUAAAAAAAAAUAUGAUUUACUUAUUAUACAUGGAAAUAUAGAGGAUCAUUUAAGUAGAAUAUUUAUAGCAAGGAGAAUCAUGACAUAUUCUUAUAAAAUUAACAAUAAAGGUUUACCAAAUAUUUUAAACUUUACUACAUUUGACAUGUAGCAAAUUUUUUGCAUGUUUGUAUGAUUGUAUAAAUAAUAAUAUAUUUUCUACAUUUAAAUCAAAUAAUUAGUAAAAUAUAUAUAAUUUAAUAGCUUU